UGCUCGCGCUCUAAAGCCAUUUUCCUCCGCUCUCCGCCACGUUGGUUCCCUGACGCGCGUGUCGCAUUCUCCUGCGUUGUGUUUGUGAAGAGGCGGGAAAUGGCGUCCACGCAAAGACAUGGUUGAUCUGUGACCAGCCACCGAGCGACACACCGCUGCCAGCGACAACCACGGCCCGACAUCUACCAGCUGGGCCGCCACGGUCGCCGCCGAGAGCCGACCACGCUGCAGCAGGGGUCCGCGAGCUUUCCGGGUCAUCGCUUUUUCUAUGUGACGGUGGAGAAUGAUGAGGCUGAGAGUGCGUAAAGCUCCUCAGCAGCCAAACCUAGGCCGUCGAACCAACCCAACCCCGGCCAAACGGAAACACUGUGAAGUGGAGCCAUCCUCGGUGAGAGGUCGAGGUAAAAUGCAGAAGAACGAAACAGGCCUGUUCUCCACGAUAAAGAAAUUCAUACGUGGAAAUGCUGUCAAGGUUGAGCAGGACAUCCCAGCCAAGAGGAGUCGUAUCGAUUGUAGUGCUGAUAGCAAUCUCAUCACUUCAACACCACAGACUAGAGGCCUUUCCAAUAAAGCUGUCUCCAGAGUUUGCCGGAAAACUCCAACUAAAGACACAAUGACGUGCAGCAGUAAACCAGUUAAACCAAAUGGUAAACUAGAGGCUCCUGUUGAGCCAGCAAGCAGCCCAACACGCACCACCCUGCUGGGAACAAUCUUCUCUCCCGUCUUCAACUUCUUCUCACCAGCGACGAAAACCGCCACUCCUGGUUCAGACUCUCCUGGCCAAGCGAUAGAGGCAGAGGAGAUCAUGAAACAGCUGGACAUUGAGCAGGCUAAAGAAAUGCCCAGCAGCACUCUCACGUCCACAGAGACCAUCACGACGUGUCCCACCGCCCCCGUGAUGCCACCGAGGCCUCAGAUCUCCUCUGACACAGCCAUAGAACAAGCGGAGAUUGUCACUGAAACCGACAUGCCCCCGUUAACAGCAGGUCCUGGUUGUAUGCCAGGCGGCGGUUACCUACAGGCGUUACCCUCAGCUCCUCCUGAAACUACAUACGAUGAGGACUGGGAAGUUUUUGACCCGUAUUUCUUCAUCAAGCAUGUGCCUCCGCUGACAGAAGAGCAGUUAACACGCAAGCCAGCGUUACCUUUAAAGACCCGCAGCACGCCCGAGUUCUCUCUCGUCUUAGAUCUGGAUGAAACUCUGGUUCACUGUAGUUUGAAUGAGCUUGAAGACGCAGCACUGACUUUCCCUGUGCUCUUUCAAGAUGUCAUAUACCAGGUGUAUGUUCGCUUGAGACCCUUUUUCCGGGAAUUUCUUGAGCGCAUGUCUCAAAAGUACGAGAUUAUUCUCUUCACGGCCUCAAAGAAAGUCUACGCCGACAAGUUGCUCAACAUCCUGGAUCCCAAGAAACAGUUGGUCAGACAUCGGCUAUUUCGUGAGCACUGUGUAUGUGUUCAAGGAAAUUAUAUUAAAGACCUAAACAUUCUUGGACGGGAUCUUUCCAAGACGAUAAUAAUCGACAACUCACCCCAAGCCUUUGCUUAUCAGCUUUCCAAUGGAAUCCCUAUAGAGAGCUGGUUUGUGGAUAGAAAUGACAAUGAACUUCUAAAGCUUGUUCCUUUCCUCGAGAAGCUUGUGGAGCUGAACCAAGACGUUAGGCCGCACAUUCGAGAACAGUUUCGUUUGCACCACCUCCUUCCUCCAGACUGAGGACCUCGUGUUCGUCGUUCAGUUCCAGAUUGUAUCAAAUAAGGGAAAACAAACCAGACUCCUUGAAGGAUAUAUUUGAUGGAGUCUUGUUUUCAAAGAAAACAUAACCAUUGUGAUCAUUAUUUUUUAAAAACCAUGCAAAAAAAUUGGCCGCUAUGUUGGAGGCAAAAAGUUCUGGAUGUUUUUAUACGUACGCAGUCGAACGCGCCUCAGAACAAAGCGACCUGCUUGCGGCGAGUUCUUUCUUUUCACUCGCUUCUUUUUAGUGUGACCAUGACGAGGGCGGCCUCCUCUAAGGUGUUUUGUCUCUUCGGAACAUUUUGGACAAAACUGAAUGUCAUGCAGUGUUGGAUUUUAUGGACUUUGUUGGUUUCAGCCUGACCUUGACCGGCCAGUCAAACCUGUAUAAUAUUCAAUCUAUUGAAUUGUAAAUAUAUGUACAUAUAUCUUUUUUUUUUUCUUCAAGGUUUUUAAGUCGUUUUAUUUUCACUUCCACAGAUUUUAGUAUGUAUCCUUUGAUCGGGUUUCUUUUUUAAAACCAACCAACUGUUAGUGUGUUUUGUUUGAAGUUGUUGAUGAUCUGCUGCUUCUCUGUUUGUAUGCCUGCGUUUCUCCUGUGAUGCUUUACUCCAUUACAUGCAGUCGUCUGUAUUAACGUGCAGUUUAAAAAAAAAUUAUCUUUGGAAGGACAAUGUUUCUGAAAAGAUAUUUUAAUGUAUUUUAAGCUUGAAGAGGGUCUCAACUGAAUACAAAGCCAUAACGGCGGAACAAUAAUUUUUUGGGGGGAGAUUUGUAUCAGAGAGUCCAUCUCCGAUCUCAAUGCGUCCUCUUUGAUGACGGGAGGUGAGGGAGGUGGGGAAGGGGGGGUUCAGGCAUCUUGCACUUUGACAUCCAGCCCUUUGUAAUUGAUGUAAAAAAAUAAAAUAAACAAAAUCUCGUCACUUUUUCUACACGGGUGUGCAUCACCUAUUUGGUUUGUGGGGAGAAAAAAAAAAGAUGAAAUUGUAGCACCAGCAAAUCGCCGACAUGUUUGCUUCGAGAUCUUGUUUUCCAAGACGUCUUGUAUGUGGGAUUCUUUAUGAUGUAGGAGUCACAAGUUUUCUUGACUAUUGAAUGAUCACUCCUGUUGUAUUCAGUGUUACUCAAUGGUUUCCUUCGAAAUAAAUACAUUUUUAUACGA